GCAACCGGCGUACACAGAGUUUGCGCAUCCUGUGGAGAGAGCGAGAGGUCAGGCCAUGAACCUGGGAGAUGGUUUAAAGCUUGAAACUGAAUUGUUGGAUGGAAAAACCAAGUUAAUAUUAUCUCCAUAUGAAUGUAAAUCAAAAAAUUCUGUGAAGAUGGGAAAUAAAACCAAGCUUGCAAAAUGUCCUUUAAGAACAAAACAAACUGGAUACAUUCUCAAAUCAACACAAAAUACUUGUAUCAGGAGUGGAAGACUUUUGCAAAAGAAGAGAAUGGGUUCAGAAACUUCACUGGCAAAAGGCGAAAAAAAUAGUAUGACUUUUUCACCCACUAAGGAUUUAUGCAAGCAGUGUAUAGAUAAAGACUGUCUUUAUGUCCAGAAAGAGAUUUCACCUGCAGCCCCCAAUAUACAGAAGACUAGAAACACCAUAAAUACAUCUGUAGUAGCUAAACAGAAGCUUUGCAAAAAACACAUCACAGCUGAAAAUAUGAAGAGCAGUUUGGUGUGUCUAACACAAGACCAACUACAACAGAUUUUGAUGACUGUGAACCAAGGAAAAUCUGUUUCCCUGAUUGAAAAUGGAAAGGAAGAAAAAAGUCAGGGCAAUCUACAUUUAAACAAUAUUUCCAAUCAGCCAGAGGAUGAGAACAUUAUGGGAGUAUUCCAGAAAACUGAGACGCUUUCAUCUCUCCUAGAUGAAAAUAAAUCUGUUUUAAGUACAAAUCAAGAGACAUCUAAGCAGUAUGAGCAGAAAAUUGCCAUAGAGAAUGUUUGGAAACCAGCUGACAUAUUCAGUACUCUGGGGGAAAGAGAACGUGACAGAAGCUUGUUGGAAGCAAAAAAAGCCCAGUGGAGAAAAGAGCUUGAUGAACAGGUGGCUUUAAAGAAGAAAGAAAAAGAAGCUUCUGAAAAAUGGAACAAUCCUUGGAAAAAAUUUGACACUGAUAAAAUAGUAUGGGAAAAAUUUCAAAUUCUUGACCAGCCUAAGACUUGUGCUAGCUCUUCCAGCAUUCUGUCACAGUCUCCCAGUCAGAUAACAGUGGUCCAGACUGAUGGGCACCCACUACCUAGAGCUAGUCAGAUUUUAGAGGAAGCAGUACCACGGGAGCACCCUUUCAGUGCCAUGAAACAAGAACAGCAGAGGAAAUGGAUUGAAGAUUUGAACAAGCAAAUAGAAGAUGAUCGGCAAAGAAAAAUAGAGGAAAAAAUUACAUCUUCAAAGGGUGAGGAACAUGACAGAUGGGCAAUGCAUUUUGAUUCGUUAAAGACCUAUCCUGCUUCUCAGUCUCAACUGUCUUCUUGGUCAACACACAACCAACCCGAGUACUUCUGUGUCUCUCCGGACACUCACGAACUGGCUGAUAUCAGCAGUGUUUAUACGCCUAUGACUGGAAGCCAGGUUGAACCUUCAGAGGAGGAGCAUAUGGCAAAACCAGUUAGAGAUAAGACCAUGGCAGAUAGUCAGAAAACAAACUUUCUCCGUUCUAUGACUGCUCUCUUGGAUCCAGCUCAGAUUGAAGAACGUGAGAGGCGACGACAAAAACAGUUAGAACAUCAGCCAUCACGCUCAGGUAGAAAGGAACGCAGGAAGAAAGAGCUGGAAGAACAGCAAAGAAAGAAGGAAGAACAAGAAGAGGAGCGUCGUUUAGCACGGGAACGAGAAGAGAUGCAGAAACAGUAUGAAGAAGACAUACUUAAGCAAAAACAAAAGGAAGAAAUCAUGACUCUCAAAACAAAUGAGCUAUUUCAGACAAUGCAGAGAGCACAGGAGCUAGCACAGAGGCUGAAACAAGACAGAAGAGAAUUGGCUCAAAAGGGACACGACACUUCUGGAUUGAUUAAAAAUCUUGGUGGACAUGGCUUGGAUGAUGUCAGUGGUAAAAAGAAUACAUGUAUCAAUUCUACAACCUCUCCCAAAAAGGAUACUGCUGUGCAAACAGAUGACUUAAAUACAGGAACAUUCACCAAUGCAGAAUCAUUCUGUGGAACAGUAAUAGAGAGGGAAAUACUAAAUUGUUCAUCUCCUGAGAUUCCUGCAGAAUUUAACGAACAGUUUAACACUAAGAAGGACAAAGAGGAACUAAUAAAUCAGGUUAAAGGAGCCAACCUAGAAAAAGAAAACAGUUGGUAUGAUGAUCCGUGUAAUGAGUUUGCAAGGACAGAGAAAACACAUUUGAAGAAAUGUCCUAAAAGGCCUGAUUGGAAUAUAAACAAACCACUCAAAAGGUAUAUUCCAGCAUCAGAAAAGUACCCCAAACAGCUUCAAAAGCAGAGAGAAGAAAAAAAAGUAAGAAGGCAGAUGGAACUGCUUAAUUUGGUAGAAAGAAAUAGUCCUGGACAUCUCUCUCAAAAUAGAGGCACUUCACCAGUUCUUCCUUCAUCUCAAGAAACUGAGCCAAGGUUCAGGUGGCAUCUAAUCAAAAAGGAAGAAGAGCCUCUGAAAAUUAAUUCUUUCAGCAAGGAAAGGUCUCAGUCACCACCACCAGUUCCAGUGGUGAAAAACAGAACACAACAAACUCUAAAAAACAGUAAUUAUGAAAGACAGAAUCUGAUCUUAGAAGACAGUCAAACAGAAACAUCACCUGGACUUCCUGAACGGUCCCAUUUUAUCCCCUAUGUCCGAACCAAUGAGAUUUAUUACCUUGAUCCAGAUGCACCAGUGUCUAGGCCUUUAACCCACGAUCUUCAGUACCAAAAUCCACAUGGCUGUGACCAAGAACAACGGCAGCUCUUUGAUUCUGAUGUCAGGGACCCACUUCUUAAUCCUAACUUGGUGAAAAACAGGGACCGACAGCAAGCAAUCCUUAAGGGACUAUCAGAACUGAGACAGGGCCUUCUCCAGAAGCAAAGGGAGUUGGAAACUAAUCUCAUGCCUUUAGCUGCAAAUCAAGAAGAGAAUUUUAAUUCUUCGUUUUAAAUGUAGAAAAUCAAAUCCUUCACAUUUGUUGCUUCUAAAUUAUAAAAUGUGUUCAUUGCAUUACUGUCUUUUCCAAAUAACCUAGAUUUUAUAAAUGCUUAUUUAAAACUUGUAAAUUAUGUAGUACAACGCUGUGUGUGUAUAUAUAUAUAUUUUUUACAAUAAAACAGACAUUUUUGUAAAGCUUAGUAAAAAAACAUUUUUUUGCUUUAUCACAAUCUAGGUAUUUAAACACUUUCUACUUACCUUAAGACAGGUUUCUGACCUGUUCACAGACCACGUUCUUCUACACUUAUGUAGCUUAUUAUUGGAAUACCACUUAGGUAUUUUGUUCUAUAAAAAGAUUUAAGAGGUUAGAACUCUCCCAAGUUCUUCUGAGGGGCCAAAGGAAGGUCUGACUUAACACAUCCCAACUUUAACUAAAAUAGCUCAGUUUUUUCCCUCUAAUUCCUGGUUUUAGGACUUUACAAAAACAUUUUACAAGUUUGCAUUUCUAAUGCAGGCAGUUAUAAGGAACAGAUAUGGUUUUAAAAUUGAUCACCUUAUACUUUAUCUGUGAAUUUUAAAAGUUAUUUUUAGUAAAGCACUUAAGUUUUUACCACCUCAAAAAUAUACUUAAAUUUCUCUAACACUACUAAUUUAAAAAUCUAUAACAAAGUUCUUCCAACAGAAGCCUAUCUUUUGGAAAUAUGGGAUUGAAUCUGGUUACGUCCAGGACCAUACUAAUAAGCACUGAAAACUGUAAUGAUCAAACACCUCGAAUAAGAGGUUGAUCCAAAAUUUUAGCAACAGGCAAUUUUUACAUGACUAGGCCUAAAGAUAAAAAUAAUGCUGCCCGGUAUUAUGUCCUAAGUUUUACUUAUAUACAUAGUUUAUCAUCUAAAUUGAAACUGCAUUCACUGUUAGAUAAAUCUUGAGGUAUUGAGCCAAAAUCCAUUAAGUAUCUGUUGACAUCACUGGCUUAUACUUGUAUAAAACACUAUACAAAAACUUAAAAUAAAUACAAUAGUUGAUUGGUAUGUCAUUUUAGCAAAAGUAAUUGGUAUCAUCUGAUGGGGGGAAGAAAAGCCAUUGCUGACUAUCCUUUUGCAAAUUAUCUGAUUUUAUAUAUAUAAAACAGGCUUCAAUUUGAAGCCCAGGUAUAGGUAACUUAUAAAUGUAAAACUUAAAAAGUGCCAACAUGAGAUAAUUCAAGUACAAUAUAUGUUAAAAAUAUAUAUAUUUAUUUCAGUUUUCAGAUGCUUCAACUGUUACAGGCCAUCAUGAUUUAAAUAAGAGGAAAAAAAAACAUUGAGGAAGGACAAGAAACCUUUGUUUAGAGAAUGAAAUAUAAACUGUUAAUUCACUUAUAAGAAACAGAUAAAGUCCAUAACAACCUAUUUC